AUGGUGGGUGGAGGAGAUGGGGUGGCGGACGAAGCAGAGGUGGCAGCUGGAGCAGAGGUGGAGGACGGUGGCGGAGGAGAUGGGUGUCGGAGGUGGAAGUGGUGGCGGAGUGGAGGUGGAGCAGGUGGUGUCGGAGGUGGAGGUGGUGGCAGAGCAGGGGUGGGCGGCGGAGCAGGUGGUGUCGGAGGUGGAGGUGGUGGCAGAGGAGGUGGUGUCGGCUGGAGAAGUGGAGGUGCUAGGGUUUUGAGACCAGAUGGGUGUUUUGAAGAGGGAGAAGAGUCUUGA